UGAGUUGUUCUGGAAGACGGUGUCGAUUAGAUAGGGGGCAAGAGCAAGCAAGUAUGAAGUUCGCAUUGUGUAUAGCAGCAUUGGUGGCGCUCCUGGCGCCACUGGAAGCAUAUCGUAUCCUGUGCGUAUAUCCGAGCUCAGGACGAUCGCAUGUUCUUGUGGGCCAAGCGCUGCUUAAAGGAUUAGCGGAGCGUGGACAUGAGGUUACAAUGGUGAGCCCGUAUAAGCUCUCGAAACCGGUCCCGAAUUAUCGAGAUAUCGUGGUACCAAAGGUCGAUCUCAGCGACAUGACGAAAGACUUUCUGCAAAAGAAUACUGGCCAAUCGGUGUCGAUGAUGGUGAACCUCUUCCAGAGCCAGAUCCGUACGGCCGAGAUGCUGCUGCAGGAUCCUCAGUUCGUGGCGAUCAAGAACGAACACUUUGAUCUCGUUAUUGUGGGAUACUUUGUGGCGGACUACGUACUCGGGCUUGGGCCGCACUUUAAUGCACCAACGGUGGUCCUUUUUUCGGCCGGAAUGACCAAGAUGACGGCUGAUUACGUUGGCAACCCAAGAGCCGUAUCGACAGUACCGAGCAUACUGCUUGGUGGACGAAAUCCGAUGGGUUUUGGCAAACGUGUGCUCAACUUCCUCGUUUCUGGGUUUGAAAACGUCAUUAGUGAGGUGUUGGUGUACGCCCAGAAGGAUUACUAUCAGCAGUACUUCCCUUCCGAUCGCUACCCAUCGUAUGCGGACGUUCGCAAGAACGUUUCGCUCGUGCUGCUCAAUACCCACUUCUCGCAGGCAAUGCCUCGACCGUAUCUGCCCAACAUGGUCGAGGUAGGAGGGCUGCAGAUCAAACCUAAGCCCGAUCCAUUGCCGAAAGACCUCCAGGAGUGGUUGGAUGGAGCGGAGCAUGGCGCCGUUUACUUCUGCCUCGGAUCGAACCUCAAAUCCUCCGAUCUACCACCGGCCAAGCUGGAUGCCAUUCUGAAGACGUUCGCACAGCUGAAACAGCGUGUGCUGUGGAAGUGGGAGAGUGAUACCAUUCCGAACGUGCCACCGAACGUGCUCUCCAAGGCAUGGUUGCCGCAGGAUGACGUGUUGGCGCACCGAAACGUGAAGCUCUUCAUCUCGCACGGUGGUCUCGGUGGCGCAACGGAGGCCAAGUAUCACGGUGUGCCCGUGCUGGGCAUUCCCAUCUUUGCCGAGCAGCAGCAGAACGUGCAGGCGAUGGUUGACGAAGGAAUCGCCAUGAUGCUCGACUACAAAGAGCUGGAUGAGCAAUCCUUCUCACGCGCCGUCAACAUUAUGCUCCGGGAGCAUCGUUAUGCCGAGCGCGUAAAGGAGAUCUCCACCCUGUAUCGUGACCGGCCACAGAGUUCCAUGGAUUUGGCGUGCUACUGGAUCGAGUACGUAGCUCGGCACCGCGGUGCACCCCAUCUACAAUAUCCCGGGGCGGACAUGAACUUUCUGCAGCGCGAAUCUCUCGACGUGAUCGCCGCCCUCCUGCUAGCCGCCUAUCUUGUGUUCAAAGUGCUCAAACUGCUUAUCAAAUUUAUCUUCCGUAAAUUGUUUAAAUCAUCGCGCAAAACGAAACAAAACUAACGGUAGCAGAGGUAAAUAGUUGGAUAAGAAAAAUGUAAACACAUUUGCAUUAACAAUAAAACAGAGUACUGGGACAGCG